AUGCGGGAUUGUAGACGUGUAAUGGAUAGAAAAAUGCAUCACAUUGUUCUUUAUUUCGUUAUUUUUCUUCAUUUUGAUUAUUUGACAGCUUCGGGAACUGACGGAACUAUUGACUUUUCUAAGUAUCACCAUUAUGAGGAACUGUCGAAGUUUCUUCAUGACAUGGCGUCUAAAUACCCUAAAAUAUCUCGCCUUCAUACCAUCGGUAAAAGUGUGAAAAACAGAGACUUACUUGCUCUUCAGAUUACAGACAAUAUAGAAGGAGUGGAACCUGGUGAACCUAUGUUCAAAUACGUUGGCAACAUGCACGGAAAUGAAGCGAUAGGGAGGGAAAUUCUCAUUUAUCUUAUUCAGUAUCUCCUUGAACACUAUGAAAAAGAUGAUAGAGUCACUGCUCUGGUGAAAAAUACAAACAUUUAUAUCAUGCCCACCAUGAAUCCUGAUGGUUUUGAAAAUGCAGUUGAAGGUCAAUGUGAUGGAGAGGUUGGGAGGGAAAAUCAAAAUAAUGUGGAUCUUAACAGAAAUUUUCCUGAUCAGUUUGAUGGAAACCCAAGGAAUCACGAAAUACAACCAGAAACUAAGGCAUUGAUGGAUUGGAUUGAAGGACAACAGUUUGUUCUUUCUGCAAAUCUUCAUGGGGGGAGUGUAGUGGCUAGUUAUCCUUUUGAUGAUUCCGCUGACCAUAGGAUGAGUGGAGAGUACAGCGCGGCUCCAGAUGAUGCUGUAUUCAAACAACUUGCGCAUGUUUAUGCUAACAACCAUAAAACAAUGAAGUCUGGGAGACACUGUGGAGAUAACUUUCCAGAUGGUGUUACUAAUGGUGCACACUGGUAUGAUGUCCCAGGUGGAAUGGAAGACUACAAUUAUCUCCACAGUAAUUGUAUGGAGAUUACCAUUGAGCUGUCUUGUUGUAAAUAUCCUAAAGCAUCCCAUCUGAAAGAAGAAUGGUACAACAAUAAAGAGUCAUUGUUGUCCUUCAUGGAACAGGUGCAUAAAGGAGUAAAAGGGUUUGUCCAGGAUGCAGAGACAAAGAAUGGAUUAAGAAAUGCUGUGAUUAUGGUGGAAGGAAUCAAGCAUAACCUCACCUCCUCCUUCUUUGGGGACUACUGGCGACUUCUGGUACCCGGUACUUACAAGAUAACAGCUGUAGCUGCAGGCUACCAACCACAGACAAAAAGUGUGUCCGUGAAUGCUGGACCAGCUACUGAGAUGAGUUUUAUGUUGGUUAAAAGAGCAACUGAUAGGAACAGCAAUGUACCAAAGGUAGAGGAGAGUAAACCAACAACACAGGAACCAGUAAGUACCAAAUCCCCUACAACUCCCACAGACAAAUCCCAAAACACUCCUACUCCCGUGGUACCCACAACCUUAGACACCAGUAUACCCGAGGGACCUGACACCCUGGAAACCUUGGUCCAACACAUCAACAAAAUCAAGGACUACUCACACAGGGAAAAGGUCAACUUCAUUGAACCAAAGGAAUUCCACCACCACAAUUACGAAGAUAUGGAAAAGUUUAUGACACGUUUUAAUAAGAAGUAUCCAAAUAUUACUAAACUGUACAGUAUUGGACUUAGUGUACAAGGCAGACAUUUAUGGGUGUUGGAAAUCACUGAUAUCCCUGGAAAACAUGAACCUGGAGAACCAGAAUUCAAGUAUAUUGGAAAUAUGCAUGGCAAUGAAGUUGUUGGAAGGGAAAUUCUCCUCAACCUUAUUCAGUUAUUGUGUGAAAAUUACAACAAGAACCAUUUCCUGACUCUGAUGGUCAAUUUAACAAGGAUCCAUAUAAUGCCCUCAAUGAAUCCAGAUGGAUAUGAAGUAGCAGAAGAAGGUGAUGUACAGGGAGUUCUUGGGAGACCAAACGCUCAUGGCAUUGACCUGAACCGGAAUUUCCCUGACCAGUACCAGACCACUCAGAUCAAUAAACACCAGGAACCGGAAACCCAGGCCGUCAUGUCCUGGUUACAGAAAUACCCCUUCGUCCUGUCAGCUAACCUACAUGGGGGGUCACUCCUGGCUAACUUCCCCUAUGAUGAUACUCGAAGUGGUUAUUCCGUCUACAGCAAGUGUCCAGAUGAUGCAGUUUUUAAAGUUAUUUCAGAGGCUUACUCUUUGGCUCAUUCCACAAUGCAUCAAGGACAUCCCUGUCCACAGAUUGAUGGUGAAUACUUUAAAGAUGGAAUAACUAAUGGAGCUCAGUGGUAUAGUGUGUCUGGUGGAAUGCAAGACUGGAAUUACUUACACACAAAUUGUUUCGAGAUAACAAUAGAACUUGGCUGUACAAAAUUUCCAUUGACCAAAGACCUGCCAAGUUACUGGGCUGCCAAUAAAUUUGCCUUACUAGAAUUUAUAACAAAGGUACAUAAAGGGGUGAAGGGCUUUGUUAUGGACACCCACCCAGACAGUCCGCUGGUGAAUGCAGCCAUUUCUGUGGAGGGUAUAGAUCAUCAGAUUCACACGGCCAGUGAUGGGGACUACUGGAGGUUACUGGCCCCGGGGAACUACAAAAUCACAGCCUCACAUGAAGGUUACAAUUCACAGACCAUUCAAGUCCAUGUAACCUCUGAUGUGGCAGUUGAGGUCAACUUCACAUUGACCCGAAAUGAACUUGACCAGUGGUCACAGAGCCAGGACUUUGAUAUCAAGGAAAACAUGGAGAGAGUUUACACAAACAGCACAGAUCUUCUGGCAGAGAUGAGAAGUUUAGCUGAAGGUCAUCCAAAAAUUAUGGAGGUCACAGUACUUCCCACAAACAUGAAAAGAUCGGUUUCACCAAAUGCACCCUAUAUGGUCCAUUUGUCAGCUAAUUUAGAUAAACAUGAAGAUGAGAAGCCACAUGUACUUCUGAUUGGAGGGUUUUAUGAUGGCAAAAGUCCAGUGGGGGCUCAGUUAUUAACAAGAUUUAUCCGACAUCAAAUAAAAGGUUACGAAAUGAAAAAUUCGGAAACCAUGAAGAUGUUUCAGGAUAUUCACCUUCACAUCAUUCCAAACAUUAACGUCCCAACUCUAGAGGAGGAGAUAAAACUCUCUCAGAACCAUAGCUGUGUUCCAGAGCCUAAUGGACUAGUGUUUAAUACUACUCAUCCUGCAAGUUUGCUACAUCAGUUGAAAGAACAACACAAGUUUGAUGUCAUUUUCACUGUUGACUCUGGUGGUCUUUUCAUAAUGAUGCCCUAUGAGAGAUUACAUAAUAACGCAGCAGCAACAGAGGAUGAGGAGGUAUUCCAGUCGCUUGCCCAUGCUUUUGCCGACAAAUACCCUGAGAUCUAUCAGCCAGAUGCCUGUAUAACCUCACCUAAUCACGGCAUCUUCCACGGGGCAGAACUCCACAGUCAAACAUCAGGCAUCCUUGAUGACAUGUAUACAAACGGCCAUUCCUACAUGAUAUCUGCCUUUGUGAGCUGCUGUAGACUUCCACCUCCUGACCAGUUACCAGACCUAUGGAUGAAAACUAUGCAGCCACUAAAACAGCUGGUACUGAGAAGUCAACAGGGUGUAUCUGGACAAGUUUUAGACAGCAGUGGUAGAGUGGUGAAGAACGCCACUAUAACAGUUGAUAGUAAGACUGGAGUGUUUACAGCAGCUGAUGAUGGCCAUUUCUACAUUCCCCUUACACAGGGGGUACAGACUAUACACAUCAAAGCUGAAGGAUAUGAGCCACAAUCACACCAAGCUGUUAUCCAGAGAGAUUCUACCUCUGCAGUACAGGUACGACUAAAUACAGAACUGAAGGAGAUGGGGUACCACACAGAAGCUGCCAUGAAGGAAUUCCUCCUGAAUGUCUCCAGACAGUGUCAGGAACUGGUCAAUAUCCACAGCCUUGGAAAAUCUUCAAAUAACAAAGAUAUAUGGAUGCUGGAUUUUGGAAGUAAAACGAAAACACAUACCUCCCAAACACAUAUGCUGUUUUUGGCUGGUAUCCAUGGUAAUGAAGCUGUUGGGCCAGAGAUCUUGGUGCAGCUGGCCAGUGAGCUGUGUGAAUCGUACGGAAAAGAUUCUGUUUUAACAAAGAUGGUGAACAUAUCUAUGGUUCAUGUCCUCCCGGUCCUUAACCCAGACGGAGCCGUAGUUGCUUCCCCUGAUGGCUGCAGUGACACCAAGGGCCAAAACAAUGCCAAAAAUGUCAACCUACUUUUUGACUUCCACACUGAUGAUAACAGGAAGAGCGAGGUACAACCAGAGACCCGUGUAUUGAUGGAUUGGAUGAUGAAGGUCCACCCUACAUUGACAUUCUUGUUUAGAAGUGGAUACCAGGGGGUCAGAACUCCAGCAUAUGUGAAUCUGAACCAUCAGGAGAAAUUAGCAUUUGAUAAUCUUGGCAGUAAAUUCACCAAUAUACUUUUAUCAAUAAAGGAAACUGGAAAGAUGGACUGCCAAAAAGGCAGUGAUACUUUCUCCAAUAGCAGUUUUCUGGAAUAUGCCUAUAAACACUGUCAUUCCAUUCCUAUGGAGAUUUCCACGGGAUGUUGUCAUCACCCCAAUGAAGAUCAACUCCUCAACAUUUGGCAUAAACUCAGGGAGCCACUGUUAGACAUGGUCACAGAGGCUAAUAAAGGAUUUACUGGAGUUGUUGUAGACAAAGAAAAUAAAAAACCAAUGAUAAAUGCCACAUUACAAGUCAAGGGCCUUAGCUGGACGUACCAAGUAAACGAGGAGGCUAAAUUCCAUGUUUAUCUUCCCCCCGGCAGCUAUCAAGUCAUCAUCAAGUGUCAUGGCUACCAAGACAAGAAGAUGAGUAUUAAGGUGCCUAAUACAGAAGAAGGAAGAUAUAAUACAGUGAUUCAGCUGGAAUCACCAGACACCAUACUGGGGUUCUCUCAGACUGCAUUUAUUGUCUUCACCUCCCUGACUAUAUUGGUCCUGUUGUUGUUAUGUACUGGAAUUAUCUGUGUAAAAGCCAGAACUUCCAAAAAAUCAGCAGGAUUUUCCCGGCUUAAAUUUGAUGAUGAUGAAGAAGAUUUUGAUGAAUAUUAUGACAAUGGAUCGACAAAGAAGUUCAUAAACAAGGAGUACCAUGACUACAGCUCAGAUGAAGAAGAUAAUAUGUUUGACAAAAAAUUAAUUAAGAAUUCACGGUAAAUUGUUAGCCAUGGUUUCUUCUCGUGGUCAGAUUUAAAGUUUUUGUUCUUCCAAGGAACUAAAGCAAUCAAUUGUUUUUCAUCUAUAACAUGUAUCAGCAAAAUAAUCUGUGUAUAAACUUACACAAAAUGGAUUCUGUAUUCAGCUACCAAUAUUGCUUUAUCAUGUGUCAAGGUUUAUAUAUUUGAUUUCGAUGGUAAUUAGAUUUUUAAGUGCAAUCACUUGAUGUAAAAAUCUUGUUUUAUGGUACUGGUCAAAGACCAGAAGUAGUCUGUCCAUUAUCCACCUGUCUGUCUGUAAGUCUGUAAAUUUCAAACAAGAUUUUAAUAUUUUUGUUCAGUUUCAACAUGACUACAAUGUAUAAGCACAGUGUAUACAGGGACUAGUCACAUUCAGGUUUUGAGCUUUUGAUAUCAAUGAAUGGUGUUAUGAUAUUUUUCAAAAAUUAUUUUUUCCCCAGUAUCUUAUUUAUUUCAAUAUACUUGGAUCACAAUAAGACUACUAUAAGAUGUAAACAUAUACAUGUAUUAGUGUUUCUUUGGUGAAUCUAUGGUUAAUAAGAGUUAGAAUUUUUUAAAAACAUCUUUCAAAAUGCUCCUUUUCUUCUAAACGUUACAAACCAGAGGAGCUGUACAGCGUUGGGGGACUUCUAGUUUUGUUUUUGUUUUCUGCUUUAUAAACAGGAAUAAAAUAUCACUCACAAGUAAAAUAUACUGUUCACUUCCCACUGAGGGUUUAUUGUCUCGUUCCUCAACAUUAUCCCACUGAUUUAUUAUGGCUCAGUUCCUCAAAAACUCGGGAAAAUAAUGCAUAUUUUAUUUACCUGUACAUAGCAACUGACUUUUAAAGUGUUAAGUACCAAGUGCCUAUUUUCAUAUUUAUCUAAACGGUGUGUUUUGUUCCAAUUACUACAUUAUAUACAUUUAUAAAUAAAUUAGGUGUUCGACAUUUACAAAAAUUUGUCUGGCAUUACUUAUGUUGUUAUACUUCAUUGUAUCUUGGUGUAAUUAAUUCUUUAAGUUUUUCCAUGAAAAGCAUUUGUAUUUUUUUUUUUAUCUUAAACUUAUUUUAACUAUUGUGUGCAAAAUAUUUGUACAUUUUCUUUUAAAGAUAAAUUUAAUUUGAAUAUAAUUAU